AAAUAUAUUUAGAAAAAUGUCAGAUUAAAAUUGAUAACAUUUCUAGAAAAAUGUAAAUUUUCCUAGUCUCUGAUUUUCUGCUUAGCAAUGUUUGGGAUUCAAAUAAAGAUUUGUCUUCUCUUGACCUGGUUGAACUCUGCUGACCUUCAAGCUACCGGCUGUGACCCUGGUCAAGUAAGAGACCUUGACGGUACAUGCGUCAAGAAAGUUACGUUUCCACCACGUGGUGAGCGGAAGCGCUGUCCAGAGCCACGUGUUCUGAACGGAAACCAUUUCUUCGGAGCGGAUGGUCGAAGUGUAAACUUCUUCUGUGAAACUGAUCAUAUUCUAGUUCCAGAAAAUAGGGUUCUGAUUUGUCGCAUAACAGGAGAAUGGAGUAAAGAAAUCCCAGUUUGUCUUUCACCAGGUUGCCAGAUUCCAGUGUCUCCCCUUCAUGGUUGGCUGGAUCUUGACUAUGAAGAUACUUUAGCAAUAUUCUACUGUGAUACUGGAUAUCAAUUACAAGGAUCCCAAUAUCUGGGAUGUGAGAAUGGAGAAACAUGGAACUCAAGUGUACCAAUCUGCCACAAAAUUAUAAAACCGACAACACCAAAACCUGGUGGACGCCAUCUUGUACACAGUUCCGUAUCUAAAACCGGUUCUGCUGCCACGUGCACACUCAUCAUAGUACUUGGGGCGGCAUUCUUCCUUAGAUGAACGAAGACAGAAGAAAUGUAUGUAUCCCUUCAAUAUGGCUGUGAUAGUUUAAACAAAUAAUAAUCAUUAAAGUUAUUAAUUACUAUUUAUUUAGACAUUUAUCAAUGAUUGACAUUUUAUCAUUUGUCAAAAAUGAACAUUUUGUUUUAUGAAUAAUGAUUGUUUUGGAAAGUAUUACAUUUUUAUUUUGGCCAAUAGUUUAUGUUAAAAUCUUUUAUAAAAACUUCCAAAAGUUUACUGCAGUCAUCAAACUUUGUGAUAUUUAAAUCCAAAAAAAAGAUGUUCAACCCCAAACAAAAACGAUCUUUAUAACACUUUUGUAUUUCGAUAGUUUUUCGAUUUGUUCGUUUUUUCCCCUAAAUUUUAUGUCAGGGUAAAAAGUAUAAGAAAAUCAAUGUUUUAAAAUAAACAAUUUCAAAUAAAUUUGUUUUGCUAAUACUAUGCCAAAUAUUGACCCUGAAAGGAAUAUGUGCAGAAAAUGUUUGCAAAAACAGGUUAAAAAAAGUCUGGCGUUUUCACGUUUUCAAAAAAGAUAAUUUAAGAUGAAUUAUAAAUGUGAAUCUAUUUUUAGCAAAAGUAUAUUGUUAAUAGAACUCCUGUAAGUUGACGUAGAAUAGAAAAUAAAAAAAAUAAUGAUGA